AUGUCACGAAGAUCUAAUAAUGGUUUACAAGAAAUAAGACUUUAUGAUAAUGCUGUAGAAAGAGAUCGUUUAGAAAAUCUAGGAGAAUUGUAUGGUGUUAUUAAUUCAAUUGAAUGUUUAGAAAAAGCAUUUGCUGGAGAUUAUAUUACUAAAGAAGAGUAUCAAAGAGAAUGUUUAAAAUUAUUAGCACAAUAUAAGUUAAUGCUUCGAGAUACAAGUGUAGAAGGAUUUAUUCGUAAAUAUCGAAUAAAUUGUCCAUUGGCAAUGGCUAGGAUAAAGGAAGGCAAACCAGUUACAAUAAAUGAUGGUGGUUCAGCAGCUUUGAGAAUUGCUCAAGUUACGGAAUUAUUUAUUACUUUUCUUGAUUUAUUGCGACUAAAUACUCGAGAUAUUGACGCUUUAUAUCCAACAUUGUCUGAUUUACAUGAUACUAUAAACGCGAUGACGACACUUCCUACUGAUAGUGAACCAAAAGUAAAAGUAGCAAAGUGGUACACAGAAUUAAGUAAGAUGAAUGCAUCGGAUACUGUAUCUGAGGAGAUGGCAAGAGAAAUGACAUUUCAAUUGGACAAUGCAUAUAACGAUUUAAAAAAAAUUUUGAAAUCAUAG